GAUUAGCAGCAAGGCAAGUCCGAUUCAAAGUGGCUGGUGGUUUUUUGUGUUUUCUAGUUGUCUUUUUUUCCUACUCCUUUGAUUUUGUUGCAAGCAAAGCAACUGUGGCAUGGUGUAGAAGUGGCUGUAGUGAUUUCGUGCUUGCAGUGAGACGGGCGCGUAACGCAGGGAAAAUCUCUAAAGUUUACUUGCUUGUCUGCAUUUUUUCGAGUUCGAGUACGCGCAGGCGACUUUCGUGGCGGCUCAGCGGUGAAGAAGAAUAAAAACCUCAAAUAAAUUACUGUUUCAAAUCAUCAAUAAAAAUAUUGACCACAUAAAUAAAAGAUCAUAAUAUUUUACAGCUUUGCGAGUUAACAAAAAAAGAAACAAAAACAAACAUAAAGCAGAAAAAGCAAAGCAACGCAAACCUACAGCCGCGCAAAAGCGAAACAGAUAAAAAACGAAAAAAUCAACAACUCUUGGACGCAAAGCAAUUAAAAGAAGGCAAAAAGGUACACUGACAAAGCGGAUUUAUUAGCGCGAUGCAGCACCCACACAGCCACAUGCGACGAAUACGACACUUCAACAUCUUUCUGCUGCUGCUGCUCUACUUGUCACAAAUCAAAGCUUGGCGACCAUGUCCGGAGCUCAGUCCAGCUUUGCGUUUACCCUGCAGAUGCAAUGUGGUUCCAUUCGCCUCGACGGGGCAGCUGGGUGCGGUAGCAAUGGACUGCGAUCGCGUCGUCUUCCAUGGCGAAGCGCCGCAACUGCCGUAUGGCGCGCCGAUUGUCUCCUAUUCGCAGCGCUACAGCGGCCAGCAAGUUUUGCCAUCACAGAGCUUUGGCACCUUAAAACUACCCAUUGAAGAGCUGGAUCUUUCGAAUAAUCUUAUACGACGCAUACCAGAGAAAUCUUUCCUCGGACUCAAGGAGUCACUCACAGAGUUGCGUUUGGCGAAUAAUUUGCUUGGAGACAGUUUGAAUCCGAUAUUCUCAACGGCCGAAUUUCAUCCACUGAAGAAUCUGAAAACUCUCGAUUUAUCUGGCAACAAAAUCAAAUCAAUCGAAGAGGGUCUUCUCAAAGGCUGUGUAGACUUAAAGGAUUUCUAUGUGGAUCGCAACUGUCUAACGGCCGUGCCAUCCAACUCACUCAAUGGGCCAAAUGCGUUGCGCCAUCUUUCAUUGCGGUACAAUCAUAUAACCACACUCCAUUACAAAGCAUUCGUUGCGCAGCCUCAACUGGAAAUCGUCGAUCUGCGCUACAACGAAAUCAAAACGAUCGAGGGUCUGGCAUUUCAAGGUUUGCACGCCAUACGCGAAAUCAAAUUGGCCGGAAAUCGUAUAACGAAUUUGAAUAGUGACGUUUUCGAGCAUGUGCCCACAUUGCAGAAACUGGAUCUCUCCGAAAAUUUCAUAAAUCAAUUUCCAACUGUCUCGUUGACGGCGAUCGGAAAUCUGAAAUCAUUGAAUUUGUCCUCGAAUAUGUUGCAGCGUUUAGACAACACACACACGCAGGUGAUUAAGACACUGGAGGUAUUGGAUUUGAGUCGCAAUGGCAUUACCACUGUACCGCCGGGCACAUUCCGCGACUUGACCGCGCUCAAGUAUCUUGACUUGAGUUUGAACUCACUGCGUACUAUUGAGGACGAUGCACUUGAGGGCCUGGAUAAUCUGCAGACGCUCAUCAUACGCGACAAUAAUAUUUUGCUCGUGCCCGGCAGCGCCUUGGGUCGCCUACCCAGCUUGACCACAUUGCAUUUGGACUUCAAUCGUGUUGCUGCAUUGUCCACCGAGAUUUUGGGCUCCAUUCAGGCAGAGGACAUUACUACACUAACACUUGCGCGCAAUGUGAUACGCGAACUGCCCUCCGGCAGUUUUCAGACAUUUGCCAAUCUGCGUACACUCGAUCUGUCGGGCAAUUCUCUCGCUGUGAUUAGCGCCGACAUAUUCCUGGGCUUAGAUCAAUCGCUCAAUGAGCUGAAGCUCGCGCAGAACCGCAUCACUGGCUUGGGCACGGCACCACUCGCUUUGACAGAGCUGCGCAGUCUUGAUCUAAGCGGAAACAAUCUUGCCGACCUGCCGCGCAACAUAUUUCAAGGUCUGGAGAACUUGCAGUAUCUCAAUCUGAGCAGUAAUCAUCACUUGGCACCUGUGCCUGCAGCGCUCAUUCGUCCACUUUCACGCUUACAAGUGAUCGACUUGAGUCAAUGCUUGCUCAAGCAGGUGUCCGGUGAUCUUUUCGCUACAUUGCAAGACCUAAAGCACAUCUAUCUGAACAACAAUAAUUUACAAGAAAUCAACGAUGGCAGUUUUGUCGAUCUGUGGAAUAUAUCGUCAAUUGAUUUGUCCAACAACCAGAUCACCUCCAUACGCCCAGGUGCUUUCGUCAAUGUAAUGCACAUAAAACGCCUUAAUCUGCGCGGCAACCAGCUGUCCGCUUUCAAGGGUGAGUUCUUCAAUACCGGCACCGGUUUGGAGGAACUCGAUAUCUCGAACAACCACCUUAGCUAUCUGUUCCCAUCUUCAUUCCGCAUACAUCCGCGUCUGCGUGAAAUUAAAGCGGCAAAUAAUAAAUUCAGUUUCUUCCCAGCCGAGCUCAUUUCAACUCUGCAAUAUCUGGAAUAUGUCGACUUAUCUCACAACCAGCUGAAGUCGAUUGAAGAAUUGGACUUUGCGCGUCUGCCACGUCUGCGUGCGCUGCUGGUGGCGUACAAUGAGCUGGACAUGCUCAGCGAGAUGGCCUUCCAUAACUCUACGCAGCUACAGAUUAUCGACUUAUCGCACAAUCACUUGGAUCGCAUCGGUGAGCGUACUUUUGAAGGAUUGGUGCGUCUAGAAAUGCUCAAUCUUGAAGGUAAUGAACUUACCGAACUCUCUGAUUUGAUAUUUGAACGUUCCAAAUUGCAAAUGCUGGAGAAUAUAAACUUAGCUAGAAACUUGUUCGAAUAUGCACCACUAAAUGCGCUACAGCGACAAUAUUUCUUCGUUUCAUCGGUAAAUUUGAGCCGAAACAAGAUACGCGUCAUUCCUGCAGACGACAGCAUAAUGGUGAAUAUCAAAGACCUCGACUUGUCGUAUAAUCCACUGAGCGAGAGCGCCGUGCGCAAUAUACUCAAUGAGCCGAAAACUGUGCGCUCAAUUAAUUUAGCCGGCACAGGCAUUUCGAACCUUCAAGCUUUAGAGACACCAUUUUUGCAGUAUCUCAAUCUCUCCCAGAAUAAUCUCAAAACGAUCGAUGCGAACAUCUUCCAGCGCACUACGCUACUGGAAGUAUUGGAUCUGUCCAGCAACCACUUAGAAAACCUCGCUGAACUUGGCGGUGCCUGGCCCAAGCUGCAGUCCCUACACACCCUGGAUCUUUCAAAUAAUAGCUUUGAGGUUAUCUCACAGGAUAAUUUCGAGAAUUUGGAAAUGCUACGCGAAUUGCGCCUCAAGAGCUUACAUGAAGUCAACCGCAUCGAGAAAAGCGCCUUUAAGCAUGUGCCGAAUCUCGAAAAGUUGGAAGCCUACGAUCUACCAUUGCUGGGCUACCUCGAUGUGCAGGGCAUACUCGAGCUGCUACCUGGUCUAGAGGACAUAGAUUUGGAGGUGAAGGACUCAACCAUUGGUACGGAACAAAUUCAGCCCGCUAAACACCCGCGUCUCAAAUCGAUAGGCAUACGCGGUGAUCGGCUGAAGACCAUAUCCUCGGGUACGCUGGCCGGUUUGAAAAGCAGCGACCUCACAAUCAAACUACAAAAUACCUCACUUACAACGCUUCCACCUGCUUUGCUUUUCCCAGUGCCACGCUCUUCCCACUUGACGCUAGAUAUCACCGGCUCUAAGGUCACUGUUUUAGUGCCGCAAUUCCUCACCGCACUCGAGGACCGCCGUUCAAGCUUGCUGCUCAAAGGACUUGCUACAAAUCCCAUAUACUGUGAUUGCAAUGCGCGCGCCUUACGUCGCUGGUUACCCAAUUCUCACAUGACCGACGUCGAGUGCCAGUCACCUGCUUUCCUGGCGGGCAAGAAACUAAUCGAAGUCGGCGAUGACGAACUCACUUGCGAUCCACGGCGCAUGACAUCCACAACAGCGCGUAGCACCUCACAGUAUAUGCUCAAAUCAUCAUCACGCCUAGUUACACGUCCAACCAUAACCACCACCGAAGAACCAAUGAUCAUCUGGAGCUUGGAGCCCACACAAGCACCACCGAUGAAAAUCAAAACCAAGGCACCACUUAUGAAGGCGCCCAUUAUGAGUAAUGAUGACACGCUUAUUAUCGGUAUAGUUGGUGGUGUGGUUGCCUUCAUCGCCAUAUUGAUCAUCAUAAUUUGUAUUGUGCGUUUGCGCAUGAGCAAUGUGGAAUAUCACAACGGGCCGGCAAUGAUCGGCAUACCGCCAAUGCCAAUGGGGCCGGGGAGUGUGCCGAUGAGCUUUAAGGGUGCACCCACUGCCCUCUACGCCGUGCCACCUUACGCCACACAAAGCUAUGCCACCUUGCCGCACAAAGCACCGUCCAUACAUCAAUCCAGCCAGAAUCUGUCGCAGCGCGCAGCUUCGCAAAAUGCACAAAACUCAUACUCGACCAUGUCGCGUAUGUCGUACUUUGGCGGGACGCAACAGCAGGCCUCGCCGCAGUCCAACGGGCAACAGCCGUACAUAAUCUAUUCGGACGACAAAGUCUACAGAUAAGGGCGAGAGGUUACUGUGGUGGUGCAAACAAACAAUAUGGUGUUCAAUGGAAGCUGGGCGGUCGGAGGUGUUUAGGGUGGCAAAAACGACCACAGCGACUUACUCGAUAUAGAUACAUACAAACAUUUUACAUAUACACAUAGUAUACACUUUCAGUCAGUUGUGUAACAUUUAUGCAACGUGUUU